AUGGCUUCGGACGCGCAAUUGGAGAAGAUGAAAAUGAGGCAAAGCUAUCACAAUAAUUGGACAGUCGAACUCAUGCAAACUCUUUCCGUUAACCCUGCUUAUUGUUGCUAUGCAGCUUGGUGUGCACCAUGUGCUUCUUACAUGCUUCGCAAACGAGCCUUGUAUGGUGAUAUGAGAAGAUACACAUGUUGUGGUGGAUAUAUGCCCUGUAGUGGCAAGUGUGGAGAGCAAAAAUGUCCUGAAUUUUGUCUUUGUACUGAGGUUGUAUGUUGUUUCUCAAAUUCUGUUGCCUCAACGCGCUUCAUGUUGCAAGACGAGUUCAACAUUCACACUACAAAAUGCGACAACUGCAUAAUUGGAUUCAUGUUCUUCCUCCAGUAUUUUGCAUGCUUAUGUUCAAUAGUUGCUUGCUUAACUGGAAGCGAAGAACUCAAUGACCUUUCACAAUGCUUGAACUGUUUAUCAGAUACAGUUAUGUGCACGGUUUGUGCAUGUAUGCAGACGCAGCAUAAGCUUGAGUUAGAUAAAAGAGAUGGCAUCAUUAGCGCGUUUCCUGCAAUGACAGUCCCUCCUGUACAGCAGAUGUCACGCAUGGAUCCCAGAGCUCACCCCCCAUCAGUUGCUGGGAAUCCUCAGAUCGCCGUUGCAUAUGGUUAUCCUGCCCGUUAGUUUAAGGCUAGUUAUACAAUUCAUAUACAGAGUUGUGAAGUGUUGGCUAAAUUCUUUGUAAGAAAGCAUAAGAAGGAAUGAUAUUAUGCAUCACAUGCUUGUAUGAUGCAAAUAAAAUGCCUUAAUUAUUGCAAGUAAAUUGAAUCAUUAAUGCUAGCUAUUCUUCCACUUGUGACAGUGUACUAUACUAAAUGUUGUUGUAGUUUAAGUUGUCAUUAUAUUAACAUGCUUAGCUUGAUUAUUGAGCUGAUCGAAUGUAACUCAUCUAACUUGAUUCGAGUAGACAUAUAAUGAUCAAACCUUAACAUGACCCAACUGUUUGAUAUGGGCACGCAAGUUUCGCAAUCUCAGAAAGGAGGUUGGCAAGGGCAAGGCCAUAUUUUGUUCACUUAUUAUAUGAACUUUAAUCAUGAAUUUGAGCUAAUUAAAUAUCAGUAUAGAAUAGCAAAAAGAGUUGAUGAGUUCAAUAAUGGAAUAUUAAUAAGAUUAAUCACUAGAUAUAAUAUAAGAACAUCUAUAAUGUACUUGAUUCCUGGUGUCCAACAUUCUUGGUCGGAUAACAAUAUAAUAAAAACAUCAACAUAUAUAAUUUAUAAUGUUAUGAACCUCACUUGUAUGUUUAAGAGCCAAAUUAUGUUUCUUCCAGGAACCUCACUGUAUACUUCCUCAAUUUUAUUUUUAUCUGAAUUGUUGGCAAUUUAAUAGCAAUUAAUUUGUGAUAUAAAAAGAAGUUUAGACUAUACUUGUAUUAGUUUAUGGCUAUAUUAGCCAGAAUAGCCACUAAAGACUGUAGAGUACACCUUCAUGUUAGGUUUGAGAACAUAUGACAAUUGAUAGGGCCCGAGUUUUAGUGUAGUAGGUCGUUUUUGGUGGAUAAUGGAGCCAUAAAUUUAAUACUAUUUGGUUAUUGAAAGAAAUUUCGUAGUCAGUAGGUGAGAGGACCAACAUCACAUGAGAUAUAAAAAGAGCGCUCCGUAUAUAUGAGAAUAGACUUUAAUCUAACAGCCAAGUUUGUUUUUAAACUUUUGAUGUAGAUUUAGAUAAGAGAACCCCAUAAUUUUGACUCAUUAAUUAAUUACUUAAACAAGAAGACUAAUUAAAAUUAGACUUACUAUUAGAGUAGUACAAGUAUGUACUGUAACUCUGUAAACAGGAUCGAAGCAAGGGCAAUGGGCCCCAGGGCCGACAAGGUAGAAAGAUUCGUAGGCCCAAAAUCAAUGACAAAAAUGGGUUAUUAACAAUGGAGACUUUACGUCCCAAAAAAAAAAAAAAAAAAAAAAAAAAUGGAGACUUUAGGUGAUUAAUUAAAGUUGGGGUGGGUGUUACACUGUUAGGUAUUACAGCAUUUAGGAUUUGACAUAUUCCUUAGCUUAGGCGGCAGCCAAUUUUUGUUAAUUUCAAGUUUUGUAAUGAUUUUUCUUAUAAUUAAUCAUCAUAUCAUUAGUUGUGCUUAUGAUACCUUAAUUAUAUAUUCAUAUGGGGAUUAGUGCAUGAUAAAAUUACCCACUUCUUGUUGACAUCGAUCACAUUUAUAUACUCGUGUUAUGCUUAAUACUGAAAGCUACAAGUCUUUCCACAUUGUUAGUCCGUCUUCAACCUCCACCCAUAUCCUUCUUAGAUUACUAAAUCCGAUCAUAAAUCAUUACUAUCUCGAAUGUUUGAUGAGUCCCCGACAUAACAUCCACCGUCCCAACCAAGAAAAUAACAGGGGAUAAAAAAGAAAAAGAAAGGGAACGAUAGAAGUUGUCAGGAAAAAUAAUGGAGGACAUGUGCCAUCAACUUAGAAGAGAAAAAAUGUUUAACAGCAAGUUGAAAAAAUUAACAGAAAUAGGAGGAAUUCAGAGUACAGAAGCCUGAGAUAGGGAUAGAUCAAGUGCGCACAUACACCCAAAAAUUAGAUACUACUCAUUCAUCACUUAAUACAACUACUACUAUACUUUGAAAAAACAUUGAACCAUUUUAUGUCUCCAAAUUUAAAUAAAUAUUAUAAUAUGGUCCCUUUUGUAUGUAAUGUGUUUACUAAGAAAACAAUGGGGGACAAGAAUACAAGAUUUGCUAGGAUGGCAUGAUUUAGUCACCCAUAUUAUCAAGUUUGGGAAAAGUGUAAAAGCAUUUAUACACAUGAUUUCUGCAUACACAAUCACUCUCCUAUCUUAAUUAUUUAUGUUUUUCUAAUUUAAUUAAUAAGUCGGAUUUAUAUUUUAUUAUUAUAUACAUGUAUUAAUUGAAAUUAUAGAUAUGGAGUAUGAAUCUUACCAACGAUGACUUGUGUCACAUAUAUACAAGUGAUAUAUUUGUCGUGAAAGACUCAAUCUUAUGCUUCAGCUAAAGAAGUUUAAUUGAAAGGGAUGAGAAUCGAACCAAGCCAGCACGAGUUAAUUAUGACUAUCAUUGAGCUUCGAUGAGAAGCUACUUCGAUUAUCAAAAAUUCACAAAACUAAGAGACAAAAAAAAUGGUUUAUUGCUUUAAGGUACUUUAAGGGACAAAACAAACUUUUAUAAUGAUCUUGGAUAUCUAAAAACUUUGAUUUUCAAGUCUAAUAGAUGAUUGCAUCUUAGAGUAUAAAGUUUAAAAUAAUAAUUAAGAGGUGAUGGGUAAAUGUAAAUUAGUGGCUA